AUGCCACAAAAAGAAUCAUUUCCUGCACGCGUUGAUCCCUGUGGCGCCACGGGGUACACAACGCCAAUGUUUCUGGCGAUCAAUGGUAUCGUCCUGGCAGCGGGGCUGGUGGGCCUGCUCUUCGGGCUGUCUCUGCUGCGAUGGUACCUCACAGUGGCUGGGCCACUGUGGAGUGCUUUCUUCGUUGCCCAGGUGGCGCAGUGGCAAAUCUUCGGCCCACUCACGGGGCAGGCCUUGAUCGCUCCCGGGCUGCUGCGCUACACAGAGACCGACAGCUCGUGGGUGUUCCACCUUUGCAUACUCGGUGCCGUGCUAACGCUUCCAGUGUAUGAUAUGCUAAUAAAGCUCAUGCACUCCUACUACCGUCGUUCUUUACAGUUGGCCUACUUCUGUGAUGGUGAAGACAUCGACUUCACAGCCACAGCAGAGUGUCCAUACUGUCCCCACCUCCUAUUGGGGGCAUGCGUUAAUGACUUCAGAACACCUCAGGAGGAGAAGCUCCUCUGCGAUUUCACGCUCAGCCCUCUCUACCUUGGCUGUCCUCGCACAGGUUUCUUUUGUACGGACUCUGGGAUGAGGCUGGGCUAUGCGAUGUCGGUUUCAGCCGCGGCGCCUGACACCUUCAUGCUGACCAAGUUUGACGUGCUUCCCAUCCGCUUUGUUCUUUCCGUCUUCUCGCUUCGUUUGGGUGACUUUGUCCGGCUGGAGCCCGAUGGAAAAGUGGCCAUCAAGGUGGGAACAGCGGUCCGCAGGCUGGAGGAGGCAGCUGUUCACAGCUCCAACGUCUCCCAUGCCGAACAACAUGGGCAGACUGCGCAGUAUGUCGCCCAGCGAAUGCUUGACCGCGCCAUUGUGGCCUUGCCCUUCAUUGGCUGCCACAUCCUCUUGGUGCUGGGCAAACAGCUGGGCAUGUCGGGCGACUGCGUCUCCUACGGCAUUGUCCUCCAGAUUGGCUUGUCGGGUUUCGUCAUUGUGUUGGCGCUCAGCUUCUUCGCCUUUGCUCCACAGAUGAGGUGGCUGAUGCGAAGCCCACUGAUUCUGCAGUUUCAGAUGAUGUUCAUGCAUCGCCAUCAGGCUCCGCGGCCUCCGCCGUACGUUUACCUUUCGGAUGGGGGGCUCAUCGAGUGCCUGGGCGUGCUGAUGUUGCUGCGAAGGCGCAUGCCGCUCAUCAUCUGCUCUGACGCUUGUGAGGACAUGAACGUGACCUUGCGAGCGCUGCUGGACACGAUCGAACUUGCCAGAGAGGAGCGACUCUGCUCCUUCUUCGACAUGGACGAUCCGAGGCGCGAUGUGCAGCUGGCAAUGGCUGACGUGCGCAAGGGCCAUUGUUCAUACCUCCGCCUCGGGAUCAAGUACGAGAACCUGCCCAGUGGCGAGGCCCCCUCAGUGGCAGAGGGCGAGCUGCUCUACAUCCGCAUGCGCCUGGCCGAUGGCGAUGCUGCGGAGGAGCGGCCCAUCUUGCAGAAGGAGGAGCUCCUGCAAGAGCCCGAGAUGCCAAGAGGUAGCGCCUUCCGCUCACACAGCCAGGUCUCCCCCGCCAGGCCUUCGCGACCGCAGGGUUGGGGACCAGACUCCAGGCGCCUUUUGGAAGCGCAGACCAUGGAGGAGGCUUCGACGUCCCCGCGCGGCGGGAGAUAUCGACGCGACAUGGAUGGCGUAUGCUGCGAGGGCAGCUGCUGCGGUCUGCGGCGAUGUGGCCGUCGGUUUCCGGACUUCGGCACCGGCAACCAGUUCUUGCAACCCAAGCACUUUGCCAAUCUGUGCGCUCUUGGCGCAGAGAUGUCACUGCCAGCAGUCCGGCACGCUGCGUCGCAGAUCCGAUCCGCCAGAUGA